UACGCCGCGACGUACCGCAGUCGGAGUCGCGCGCUCGCGGGGGUCACACGCGUCAGCCCCGCUUACGGAGCGCUCGCGAGUGUUGUGAAUUACGGUGCGGUGUUAUCUCGCUCCCAAUACUAUAGUACUUAUAUUAUAGUAGCGUUCGAGUGACGCUUUGCUCCAGCAUGUUGAUGGUACAGACCAACGCGCAGCCUAUGAAGAACAACAAAUUGAAAUGUCCGCCACCUGUGCCGCCGCGGCCCAACCAGAGCGUGGUGGCCGAGGCUCUAGCGAAAACCAGGAAAGCGGUUGCGGAAUCGAAGGCCAACUUCACCAAGUCACGUGCCUUCGCCAAGCAUGAACAGCACAGUGUGUCUUCGCGAGCAAAAACAUUGGACAGAUCCAACACCACCGUUCAGGCAACGGUGUCUCCUAAACAAAAUGGAUUAGCUCGUGUGAAGUCCUUCAUCAGAGAUGUCAUCAGCGAUCGCAGCUCGUCGUCAGAUGAACGCAAGUCCAGCGGACAGAACUCCAGGAGGAGUUCCAGUGACAGUUGUUCAAUACCGGCACCGACAUCAAUAAAAAAAUCAAAUGAAUCACUUAAUUCAAAAGCGGUCAAAACCUGCAGGCAGAUAUUAGUAAGAUCGCUUUCCACAUCAAACAAACUGGACCAAGAUCCCAAAUGCAAAGUCACAAAGUCAUCGAGCUUUGCAGAAAAGACGAUGCCCCUGCGUAAAGCGCCCCCACCGCCGUUAUCGCCUAAACCUAAGUUGAAGCCAAUGAAACCUUUACCUGUACAAAAGCAUUGUUUAGAAAAUGCUAAAACUAAGCACUCGCCUGAAAUAAGCCCGUAUUCGUCGCCGAUAGACGCAAAACCGCCACUGAGCCCGCCGGCCGAAGCGCCGUAUGCGUCCGUCGAUGAGGUUCAAGAAUUCGACGACAGAUUACGAAAUAGUCCAUCGAAACAAAUCAGCGUCACCAAUCCGCAAGCGGAAAAAGCCGUGCGCGAUCAAACUGAAAACAAAAAUAACAAUUCUCUAGAAAGGAAAACUUCACGCGUUACCGAAAUGUUGAUUUCGGAGAUUCUGGCGAGCAGGAACAACAAUAAAGACGAAUCGAAUGUCGUUAUAGAUAAAGGUAAAGGUUCGGAGAACACGUGCAACGGGAACGACUCGCCCGAAGUGGAAAUGAUGAAAGACAUGAACAACCAUGAGAUGUUGAUAUACGAGCUUCAAACGAUGCGCUCGCAGUCGAACGUGCCCGAGAGCUUGGACAAGGAAUGUGUUGACAAAAACGGACAAUGCGACUCCGAGGACUCCGAGGUGAACUACGCGGCAUCGUCGGUGAGCGCGGACGAGCUGGACUCGUACGACCAGGCGUACGCGUACAUACUCGACGAUGACCUUAAAUCUAGAUUACGUAAGCAAUUCCGCGCGAUCAGCACCAUGUCCCUGCAAGGCAUGCCGCCGCUGCCCAAGAGCCUGAGCGGGUUCGCGGAGGGCGACCCUGAGCCCGUGGAGCCUCCCGCCACGCCCAGCGACAGCCCACCCACUGAUCUCGACUCACAACUAGUAUACCUGAAGAAAGAAAUGGCCAGUCUCCGUCAAUUGGACCUGUCGCUGUUAUCGGAACUAUGGACCCUGAGCGAGGCAAUGGCGUCGUGGAGGCGGCAGCUGGAGCGCGGCCCCCGCCUCCGCCCCGCGCCGCCGCCGCCGCCCCCGCCGCACUACCUCAGGACUUAGGCUGACGUGUGGAUCCACGUGGGGCUCUGUUUAGUUCACAUUCAUAACAGACUGAAACGCCGCGGUCUCCAGGACUGAUUAAGAUUGAUGAUUUGAGUGUAUAAGGGCUCUUGAUUGCAAGUUUUGGUCGGCUAUACCUACGGCGUAAAAUGUACAGUAUGGUUAUUUGCAAUUCAAGUGUUUUUAAUUGGUUACAUUGGACUGUAGACAUGCCGUAAUCAAAACCUUGAGUCAAGGGUACUUCGAACCCAUAAAUUGUCAUAUUGUAAAUAGCCUUAUAUGACGUGUAAAUGUAUAAGCUGGCAUAAACUUUGGUAGUGAUGUGACAUCAUGAGAUUUCCGCUUCUUGUGCCAUUCGGACACUUUAGAGAGCAAAUGCUAACCAAAGGUUAGAUGCCGCAUUAUUGCCUUUUAAUCUAUGUUAAAUGUGACCUGAGAAUCUAAUAACAUUGUAUUGAGUCAUACAUGUUCACUUAUUAUAAUGACAAAUGUGUAGGAUCCCACUUAAUUAUAAAUAUUUUUUAUCAAUGUAUUAAAAAGAAUUAGAUCUUUUUUUCCUUGAAAUUACGUGAUUAUAAAAAAAUUAGUAAGGCGAUUAUUGUUUUGACUUAAGUCGAUUAUUGAUUUGUGUCGAUUAUCGAUAAUUUCUUGAUUUUGUUGUCUGUUUUACUAUUAUUGUGAGGAAAUUUCAUACUAGCUGUAUCAAAAACUUGAAUUUAUUUUUAAGUAUUGAAUACGAAUUAAAAUUGUAAAUUUCCUUGUAGAAAAUAAUGUUAUGUUGGCUAUGGUUUGAGAGUUCACAUUUGUAAAAAUAAAUGUUGCUUAUGAAAAUA